UCUCUGUUAUUCCUUUUGUCAUCUUCCUCAGCUUUUCCUCUCUUUUAUCUUUACAAAAACAUAUUCCUUCUUUUUCUCUCUCUAUCCUUUCAAUGGAAUUAUGCCAUGUAAUUGUCCUGUAAAUUUCGAAACCCUACUCCAUUGAAGCAAAACAGUAAAAAGCUUCAAAACGCCGUCGUUUCCCUAUCAAUGCACCGUUGAGACUCGAGAUGAUGAGAUCACCUCAAGUUCGAAACGGCGUCGUCGAGACUCCGUCGCCGUCGCACUUCCACUCCAGCGUAUCCCUACACAAGCUCCGGCGGUUCAACAUUUUGAUUAUCGUCUUCCGGUUUGCUUCCUUCUGCUUCUCUCUUGCUUCAGCUAUCUUCAUGUUCACUAAUUCUCGCCGCGGCUCCGAUUUGCCUCAGUGGCAUCACUUCGAUGCCUUCAGGUUUGUGGCUGUUGCCGGUGCAAUUGUUGCCUUAUAUUCACUCUUCGAAGUAGGAGCAUCCGUUUGGGAGAUUUCAAGAGGCGCUACUGUUUUCCCUGAAGUCGUUCAAGUUUGGUUCGAUUUCGGCCACGAUCAGGUUUUUGCUUACCUGUUGCUGUCGGCGGGAUCGGCGGCAACGUCAUUGGUUCGGACUUUGAAGGAGAUGGACACGUGUACGGUUAACAAUGCAUUCUGCGUUCAAUCGGAUAUCUCAAUAGCCUUUGGAUUCGCCGGAUUCAUGUUCCUGGGCUUUUCUUCACUCUUGUCGGGUUUCCGGGUUGUAAGUUUUAUUAUCAAUGGUUCUCGAUUUAAUGUGCAAAAUUAAAAUUAAAAAUCAAAAAAUAAAUUAACAUUUUUAAUUUUAUCUUUUUCUUCUAGUCAAUUAUAUAGUUGAUAAUUCCUAAAAUUUGACCAAAGAUGCGUAAACAAAAAGUUGAGUGGUGUAGCUAUAAUUUUAUUUAUUUAUUCCAUUUGAUGUUUGACACUACAUGAGAGAGCUCCAUUGAUUGGAA